AUGCGUUUCUCGGCUGCAAUCACGACGCUAUUGCUUGGUCUGGAGGCGGCUGCGCUCAGGACAGUACCACGGACAGGACCGGAGAUUGAGCGAGCGAUUGCUGCCACUGAGAAGCGUUCUCUCAUGAAGCGUGAUGAGGACUUUGACUUGUCGUUACUUUAUCCGGAACGCAACAUCUCAGUCCCCGUCGACUUCUUCCACAAUGAGACCCGCUAUGAGCCUCACAGCAAUGGCAUCGUACACCAAGUCAUUGAGGCGACGGGCGGGUUGGGUGUGAUUCUGGAGCAUCGAUAUUAUGGAAAGAGUUUCCCUGUGGAUGAUCUUACGACCAAGAACAUGCGCUUCUUGUCAACAGACCAAGCGUUGGCAGAAAUUGACUACUUUGCACGCAACGUCAAAUUCGAGGGCAUCGAUGCUGAUCUUACUGCGCCAAACACCCCGUGGGUCGUUUACGGUGGCUCCUACGCUGGAGCGCAAGCUGCCUUCAUGCGCGUCAAGUACCCAGAAACGUUUUGGGGCGCAAUCUCGUCCUCCGGUGUUACCGUUGCCAUCUACGACUACUGGCAGUACUUUGAGCCAGCAAGGCUUUUUGGCCCUCCGGAUUGCAUCAAAAACACUCAGAUUCUCAUCGAUGUCAUUGACAAUAUUCUAUUGAACGACAACAACACCGCACAAGUCCAACCACUGAAGAACGUUUUUGGACUAGGCGGUAUUACUGAUAAUCGAGACUUUGCUGGGCAGAUUACUGGUGUCUAUGGUCUACAGAGUACGAACUGGGAUCCGGAAGAAAAUUCCGACUCGUUCUUCAACUACUGUACAAACAUUACCGCUACACCAACAGCCGAAAACCUCCGCCCAGCUGUUGCCGACAUUGUUAACGCAGCAGGCUAUGGUAGCGACACUCUUGCACAAAAUGUCACCUUGAAUGCUAUCAGCUGGAUCAACAGCACUGCCCUACGCAGUUACCGCCGUACCAACCGUACUCAGGAUCAAUACUUCACUUCGGUCAACGCCACUGCCUUGCAGGGCCAGACUGACCUGAGCCAAUACGGUGCAGUCUCGUGGUCCUACCAAGUCUGUACUGAAUGGGGUUACAUUCAAACUGGAAACACGCCAAAAGAUAUCAUGCCGUUGAUCUCUCGCACGCUCGACGUCGACUACUUGACCUUCUUCUGUCGCGCUCAGUUCAACAUCACCGAGCCGCCUGACGUCUGGCAGGUCAACAAGUACGGCAACUACAGCAUUGACUACGAGCGUCUGGCACAUAUCGGAGGUAACGCGGAUCCCUGGAGACCUGCGACACCAUUGUGGUACCCAGAGUCGAGGAACAGCAGCACCGAUCACCCAUGGCAUCUGAUCAGCCAUGGCGUCCAUCACUGGGAGGAAAACGGCAUCUUUCCUAAUGAGACCACAUCGCUGCUACCACCUGCACAGGUCGUCUAUGCACAACAAUUCCUGAAGAACUUUGUUGUAGACUGGAUUGCAGAGUGGAAUAGCCAGAAGGAGCGAUUGGAACUUUGAAUAGCCAUUGUCAAAUAAGAAUAUAUCAAUAGCAUCCUCGAAGCUCACGACUA